CAGACAGACCGAACGAUGUGGGAGUGUUGUUAUAACGCAGUUCGGCGUCUGCAAGGUAUAUGACGGAUUCUGCUUCAUAAACAACACAACUCUACAGGUCCAGCAUGCCUCUGGGCGACAUGAGGACACCCCUGCUGUCCGACUCAUUUGACGCCCCAGAAGAACCCCUGCCCUGUGACCCGGGAAACCCCACAGUGGGCAUCCUAGGUUCAGGCGAUUACUCCCGCUCCCUGGCUGUGCGAUUAAUUGCCUGUGGAUAUAGGGUAGUGGUCGGCAGCCGUAACCCAAAGCAUAUAGCCACGGGACUGUUUCCUGAUGGGGUUCAGCUUCUCACACAGCGGGAGGCGAUGGUUGGCACAGAGAAGGUUGUCUUUGCUGCUCUCUACCCAGAACACUACCACACCCUGGUGGGGUUGAGGGAUGUGCUGGCUGGGAAGGUGCUGGUGGAUGUGAGCAACGCCACCAGGCUUAACAGUGGAGAGCCGUCUAACGCUGAGAGGCUGGCGGAGCUGUUCCCAGAGAGCAGAGUGGUGAAGGGCUUCAAUGUGGUCUCAGCCUGGGCCCUGCAGACUGGAGCUCACGACGGCAGCAGGCAGGUCCUGAUCAGCAGUGACUGUCCUGAGGCCAAGAGAACUGUGAUCCAGCUGGCUCGCUGUAUGAGUUUCCUGGCCGUGGACAUGGGAGGCCUUGCUACCUCUAGGCACAUCGAGGACGCCCCCCUGCGCCUCUUCCCAUCCUGGGGCGGCCCCCUAAUGGUCACCUUCCUCCUCAUCCUCUUCUUCUAUGGCUACAACUUCCUGCGUGGCGUUCUCAUGCCCUACCUGUCCCGGGGGCAAAACAACUUCUACCAGCUGCCCCUGGAGACAGUGAACGAGACGCUGCCAGCAGUGGCCCUGGUGAUCCUGGCGCUGGUCUACCUGCCGGGACUGUGGGCUGCCGCGCUGCAGCUGGUCCGGGGCACCAAGUACAGCCGAUUCCCCGGCUGGCUGGACCACUGGAUGGGGAGACGCAAACAGCUAGGCCUUCUGAGCUUCCUGUGUGCCGGGCUGCAUGCGGUCUACAGUAUGUGUCUGACCCUGCGCAGGGCUUCUCAAUACAGGCUGUUAGAUGCAGCGUACAGACAGGUGAAGGCGGGAGUGGAGCAUUCCUGGGAGGAGCCUCAGGCGUGGAGAUCGGACCUUUAUCUGUCCUCUGGCAUUCUGGGACUUGGUGUUCUGACUCUUCUGGCCAUCACAUCUCUACCCUCGGUGGGUAACGCCCUCAAUUGGAGAGAGUUCACCUUUGUACAGUCAGGGUUGGGGUACGCUGCCUUGACUCUCUCCAUCAUGCACACCCUCUUCUUCGGCUGGGACUUUGCUUUCUUCUCAUUUGCUUACCCUUACUACAUGCCCCCCACAUACCUGCUGGCACUGAUCCUGCCCUGUCUGGUCCUGGUGGGUCGGCUCAUCCUGGCGCUGCCCUGCCUGGCGUUCAGACUAGCAAAGAUACGUCGAGGCUGGGAGAGCCCAUGCCACCACCCUCCUCAGACCCAUGAGGACACAGCCAAUGGCGUGCUGCCCAGGGACUUGAGUGGUGAUGUGUGACGGUCCAAUCAAGUGUUAGAGACUCAGUGCAAAUCCAUUCUCUAGCUCUGAUGAAGGUUAUUUGCACAUUUGUCUGGCAGACACUAUGGCACUUUAAUGCCACACUAUUUGAAUCCGAAUAAGAAACAAACUCAAGAAAAGUGUUACUAUUUUUCUAGAAACUGAAAUACUUUAAAGUUACCUCACAGAACAAGUCCACUAUACAACUACCUUCUGUUAAGAUAAAUCAUGUAUGCUCUUUGUUUAACUGGGUUAAGAAACAUAAGAAAUAUGUAUAGCUGUCACAGUAUCAUAGCAAGCCAUUUCAUAUUUGACUAGACCUCUAAGCUUCUCUUGGGUGAAGGAGAAGAAUGUGACCACUUUCUGGUCAAUUUCAGCAUAUUAAAAAUCUCCAAACCCACUAUUCGACAAGAUUUACCAACCAGAAGUGCCUGGAUUGAGCCUCGACUGAGAAGCUGCACUUCACCCUGAAAUAGGAACAUUUUAUCUAGACAGAAGUCUGUAUAAGGGCAUUGGAUUAGUGUUAGAGACCUAGACAAUACAGUCAGUCUUUGCUGUUCAGCUGUGUGUUGCUGCUCUGUCGCUUCCAGACAGAGUCUGUGUGGAGCUCCAGUCCUAACAGCAUCAUUAUGUAAGGAGACUGGACACAUCAUCACAGUCACAAAACACGUAACUACUGUCAACCUGGGAAAUUAACAAUUAACUGAAGGAAAGUGUUUUCAGCGCACACAUAACGUGCGAUAUACACUCACCCCGUUUGUGAAAAUGGAUCGCUCCUACAGACAGUGAGUCACGUGGCUGCGGCUUGCUAUAUAAAGCAGGCAGACAGGCAUUGAGGCAGUCAGUUACUGUUUGAAUGAAAGUUAGAAUGGGCAAAACGAGUGCCCUAAGCGACUGAGCGUGGUAUGAUCGUGUGGGCCAGGUGCGCCGGAUCCAAUAUCUCAAAACGUCCGCACUCCUGGGCUUUUCACAUACGACAGUGUCUAGGGUUUACCGAGUAUGAUGCGACAGACAAAAAAUAUCCAGUCAGCGGCAGUCCUGUGGGUGAAAACUGCACAUUGAGAGGUUGAAGGAAAAUGUCAAGAAUCGUGCACACUAACAGGCGGGCCACAAACAGACAAAUAACGGCGCAGAACGGCAUCUCGGAACGCACUACUCGUUGAUCCUUGUCACAGAUGGGCUAUUGCAGCAGACAACUACACCGGGUUCCACGCCGAUCAGCUAAAAACAAGAAGAGUCUCCAGUGGGCACGCAAUCACCAACACUGGACAAUUGAGGAGUGGAAAAACAUCACCUGGUCUGACGAAUCCCGGUUCCUGUUGAGUCAUGUUUGUGAUACAUUUGUGUGUGUGUAAUGCAGUACCUUAUUUACUUGUAAAAACUAGAAUAAGCAAAGCUAGUGGUUUCUCUAUUGAAUAUUAACGCUUAUGUGCCAUAUUUGGACCCAUCUCGGCAAGGGGGGAAAUACUGCACUGUACUUAUGCAAUAAAUAUGUUUUUAGAUGUA